AUGGCCCCAAUCGAAGUACUACCCGUUGAAGUUAUCCAUCAUAUUGUUGAUCUCUACGUCUAUGAAACCAUCAACGACACCGAAGUACCAACGAAAGCGCAAGUGCCAUUAGCUCAGACAAACGCUCACUUCUAUGAUAUUAUUCGCCCCCUGAUUCGGGCAAUCAUUGUCUGCCAAGCAGCUGAAGAAGGACGACUGGAUGUCAUCAGGAAAGCGCAUCAAGAUGGAGUCAAUUUGAACAUGACUGGGACAACAAAACGUGGACAGAGAGGCACGCCUCUACAUCACUCCAUAAUGAAUGGACAUCGUGACAUUCUCGAGUUCCUAGUUGGAAUUGGCGUCAACCCUCACAUUCCCUCGAUAGGGCUCUGUGAAUGCGGACCAGCCGGCACAAAAUCCUACGCCCUUCACGCGGCACUGCAAAGAUGCUUAUUGAGGGGUUGGGAGCAUAAGGAUGAAUGUGAUCAAAUCUUCGACCUCCUGAUUAAUGUUCUAGGACCCCAACCAGCCAGUGAGACACUACGCUACGCUCUUGGUUACCACGAGUAUCAUAUUAAAGAGCGUAUACUUGCAAGACACGAUCUAGAUGCUUCCGUCCGUGGCCCGCUUGGACGUACGCCUAUAUAUAACGCUGUAUCUUCUGAACGCCUUGAAACUGCCAAGUCAUUACUGCAGCAUCUGGAGGCUGACGCAAGUUUGACCGGGGAGUAUGGUCUCACCCCGUUACAUGUGGCUGUCGACUUAAGAAACCUACCGAUCUUUGAGGUGCUUCUUCAGCGACCAGAGGUGGAUGCAACGAAAAAGGAUGACAUGGGAAGGACCCCUUUGCAUGUAGCUGCCCUGCGUAGUGCAGUGGAUAUUGCAAAGCUUUUGCUCGAAUCACCCGGAGUCGAUGCGGCAUCGCCAGACGGUGAGGGAAUGACACCACUUCACUGGGCUGUUCGUGGUCGCGAUAUCGUGUUUCAGGCGUGGAAAAGGAAAGAGGUAGAAGCAGGGAUAUCAUCCAUUGAGUCAAGGACUUAUAUAAGUGAAAGUCUUGGAAUCAUGAAUAUCCUGCUGGCCCGUCCAGGGGUGAACGCCGGUAUACACGACAAGAAAGGACUCACGCCUUUGCAUCGCGCUUGUUUGCUAGGCGAUCGUAAGGUAGCUGAGCUCUUGCUUCAGCGGGCGGAUGUUGAUCCCAACGCACGGGGCUUGAAUGGGCAAACGCCUCUUCAUAUCUCAGCAUCUUGCCGUUAUCCUGGUGCAUUGAAGCUGAUGGACCUACUUCUUAAAAAACCAGGCGUUGAGAUAACUGACUGUGACUAUGAUGGUCGCACGAUCUUGUAUUAUAUAGGCGCAGGUCUUCCACAAGCCUGGCGACCCAAGCCUGUCAUCGAAACUGCUCUCCGAGAGGGCGCUCCCAUUGAAAAUGGACUGACAGCUUUCCACCAAGCCAUCUGCAGCGGCAACCUUUCAAUCGCCAAAUUCUUGCUCUCGUUAGGUGCAGAUCCUAUGGUCUCGAAGCGGUUCAAGUACAACCACAGUUUGCUGCAUCUUUGCUUAAAAGCUUACAGCGAAUGUGAGGACCAUCGAAUCAAGUUGGUAAAAGAGCUCGUCUCACGAGGAAUUGAAAUUGAUACUUAUACCGACUCGCCUCUCUUCGACAUUGACAAUGACGAAGAUGAAAAAAUGGAGAACGUUGAAGGCAUAAGAUCAAUAAGUCUUGUCACCGGCACUGACUGUACCCCACUUCUUUGGACAGCAGUAGGUGAGAAAGGCACCGAAAACAUGGAAAUGCUACUCAAUGAAGGAGCAGACCCAAAUGCGCAUGUCACAAUCAGGGAUCUGGAGGUUUUGGGCGAGACCAAAAGUAAUCGGCAAGCGUUUCUCUCAGGAGUGUUCCGUCAUGCUUGGGACCCUGAGGGAGCAAGCGAUAGAGACAUUAUCAUGAUUAAAGAACGUCUCAGAUUGCUGUUGAAACGUGGAUCGCGGAUAGAUUUCGAUGGACCAGCCGACACUCCACUGCAGGAGGCAUGUGUAGCAGCAGAAGAUGGUCGUAUCCAGCUGUUGAGGAUCUUGCUAGAAUACUCAACAGCCAGGAACGUCAGCCAGAAGCACGUCAAAGAAGUGAUUGGCGAAUAUGAGAAUAAGCCACAUCAUGAUGAAAUUCUCUCUAUGUUGAGAGCGUUUGAGCAAAGACUAUUUACCGAAUCGCGAAUUGCUGCUCCGGCAAAGAUUCGUGCCAGCGACCGACCUCAUUUGAGCUCACCCAAGCAACAACCUCACCCACCAGCUCAGCCCAUCAUGAACUCUUUCCGCAUCGCCCGUGCGGCUCUCCGAGCUCGCCCUGCCGCCGUCCGAGUUCCCCUCCAGCGAAGAACCUACGCCGAGGCCAUCAAGCUGAGCCUUGCCCUCCCUCACCAGUCUGUCUACAAGUCCCACGAUGUCGUCCAGGUCAACAUCCCCGCCGAGUCUGGAGAGAUGGGUGUCCUCGCCAACCACGUUCCUUCCAUUGAGCAGCUGAAGCCUGGUCUGGUUGAGGUUGUCGAGGAGUCCGCUGGCACAAAGCAGUUCUUCCUUUCUGGUGGAUUCGCUACCGUUCAGCCCAACUCCGUCCUUAGCAUCAACGCCGUCGAGGGCUACCCCCUUGAGGACUUCAGCGCUGAGGCCAUCCGAGCUCAGAUCGCCGAGGCCCAAAAGGUCGCCAACGGCAGCGGAAGCGAGCAGGAUAUUGCUGAGGCCAAGAUCGAGUUGGAGGUUCUCGAGACCCUGUCUGCUCAUGUGAAAUAA